AUGCCGCUUCAUGGAUUCAUCCUAGCCGCCGUUGCGUUGCUAGGUGUCACUGCCAGAGCUGCAGGCGUCUCGGGUACUGCAUUUGGAUUCGCAACAGGCACUACUGGUGGCGGUGAUGCGACAGCUGCUUCCCCUAGUGAUAUCUCUGAGCUCACGUCGUGGUUGACAGACAGCACGCCCCGAGUUAUUCUGAUCGACAAGGAAUUCAAUUACUUGGAGAGUCAGGGAAAAUGUACUGAUUGCAAAUGCUGCAUUCCUUCGUCCAACACCUGCGGAAGCUCUGGUCAGAAUGCGAUCGACAACUCUGACUGGUGCAGUGACUAUCCUACGACUACUUGCACUUACGACAAGGCAGCCAUUGAGGGUAUCAAUGUGGCCUCGAACAAGUCGAUUGUUGGUGUAGGUAGUGCGGGUGUCAUUCGAGGCAAAGGAUUGCGGAUGGAGAAUGGUGUCAGCAACAUCAUUAUCCAAAACAUUCACAUUACCGAGUUGAACCCGCAAUACAUUUGGGGUGGUGAUGCCAUUACCCUCGACGGCACUGAUAAGAUUUGGAUUGAUCAUGUCAAGAUUUCUCUUAUUGGUCGCCAGAUGUUUGUGGCCGGUUACGAAGCCUCUGGAAGUGUUACAAUCUCGAAUAGCGAAUUUGAUGGUCAGACUAGCUGGUCGGCAACUUGUGACGGGCACCACUACUGGACUGUUCUGGGAUACGGUAAGAACGACAAGGUGACUUUCACCGGCAACUAUAUCCACCAUACAUCCGGCCGCUCGCCCAAGCUCGAGUUCAACAGCUACUGGCACGCCUACAACAACUACUGGUACAACAACACCGGCCACGCCUUUGAUGUCGGUGAAGGCACCAAUGCCCUUAUCGAAGGCAACGUCUUUUCCGGAGUCGACACGCCCUUCCUAGCUGAUAGCACUCCCGGAGAAACCUUCGCCGUGACCUCUAGCGACAAAUCCACCUGUGAUUCCGCACUCGGCCGUACCUGUGCUGCCAACACUCUGAUCUCAUCCGGAAGUCUUUCAGCUAGUGAUGAGUCCGUAUUGAAGAACUGGCCAAGCGGGGAGACUGGAAUCUCGGUCAUGAGCGCAAGUCAAGUGAAGUCUUCUGUUCUUUCCAAUGCUGGUAUCGGUAAAGUGAGCAGUGGAUCAUCUUCAAAGCGCCAGGCUCAACCUGCCCCUUCUGUCCUUGCGCUUUCUCAGGCAGGGCCUGGUGCCACUUCACGCGGUGCUCCCCACAAGUGGACUUGGAAGACUGUUGGAGUUAGGCCCACUCAGUCCCCACAGCCCGGUCAGCUUCCUCCUCAGGGACCCCCUAAGGGCGGCUCCUUUGGUUUCGGAUUCUAA